AUGGCACCAUCGACAUCAAGGGCAACCCGGCCCUCAAGAAGGACACCGGCAACUGGCGCGCAUGCCCCUACAUCCUCGGUACGCACUCGCACGACUCCAUUGCUGCUCUGUUUUCAUGCUCUGCUUCUGUUCAUGGCGUUCAUGGCGUCAUCAAGCUGUUUGAUUGAUGGGUUGCAUGCAGCGAACGAGUGCUGCGAGCGGCUGGCCUAUUACGGCAUGAGCACCAACCUCGUCAACUUCAUGAAGGACCGGAUGGGCAUGGCCAACGCCGCCGCCGCCAACAACGUCACCAACUGGGGCGGCACCUGCUACAUCACGCCGCUCAUCGGCGCCUUCCUCGCCGACGCCUACCUCGGCCGCUUCUGGACCAUCGCCUCCUUCAUGAUCAUCUACAUCUUCGGCCUCGGCCUGCUCACCAUGGCCACCUCCGUGCACGGCCUCGUGCCCGCCUGCGCCUCCAAGGGCGUCUGCGACCCCACGCCGGGCCAGUCGGCGGCGGUCUUCAUCGCGCUCUACCUCAUCGCGCUCGGCACCGGCGGGAUCAAGCCAUGCGUGUCGUCGUUCGGGGCCGACCAGUUCGACGAGCACGACGACGUGGAGCGCAAGAGCAAGAGCUCGUUUUUCAAUUGGUUCUACUUCUCCAUCAACAUCGGCGCGCUGGUGGCCUCGUCCGUCCUGGUGUACGUGCAGACGCAUGUCGGGUGGAGCUGGGGCUUCGGCAUCCCCGCCGUCGUCAUGGCCAUCGCCGUCGGCAGCUUCUUCGUCGGCACGCCGCUCUACAGGCACCAGCGCCCCGGCGGCAGCCCGCUCACCCGCAUCGCGCAGGUGCUCGUCGCCGCCACGCGCAAGCUCGGCGUCCCCGUCGACGGGUCGGCGCUGUACGAGACCGCGGACAGGGAGUCCGGCAUCGAGGGCAGCCGCAAGCUGGAGCACACGGAGCAGUUCAGGUUCCUCGACAAGGCGGCCGUGGAGACGCAGGCGGACAAGACGGCCACCGGGCCGUCGCCGUGGCGGCUGUGCACGGUGACGCAGGUGGAGGAGCUCAAGAGCGUGGUGCGGCUGCUGCCCAUCUGGGCGAGCGGCAUCGUCUUCGCCACGGUGUACGGGCAGAUGAGCACCAUGUUCGUGCUGCAGGGCAACACCCUGGACGCCUCCAUGGGGCCCAAGUUCAAGAUCCCCUCCGCCUCCCUCUCCAUCUUCGACACCCUCAGCGUCAUCGCCUGGGUGCCCGUCUACGACCGCAUCCUCGUCCCCGCCGUGCGCUCCGUCACCGGCCGGCCCCGCGGCUUCACCCAGCUCCAGCGCAUGGGCAUCGGCCUCGUCGUCUCCAUGUUCGCCAUGCUCGCCGCCGGCGUGCUCGAGCUCGUCCGCCUCCGCACCAUCGCGCAGCGCGGCCUCUACGGGGAGCACGACGUCGUGCCCAUCUCCAUCUUCUGGCAGGUGCCGCAGUACUUCAUCAUCGGCGCCGCCGAGGUGUUCACCUUCGUGGGCCAGCUCGAGUUCUUCUACGACCAGGCGCCCGACGCCAUGAGGAGCAUGUGCUCCGCGCUCUCCCUCACCACCGUCGCCCUCGGGAACUACCUCAGCACGCUCCUCGUCACCGUCGUGGCCAAGCUCACCACCAGGGGAGGCAAGCAAGGGUGGAUCCCCGACAACCUCAACGUCGGCCACCUCGACUACUUCUUCUGGCUGCUCGCCGCCCUCAGCCUCCUCAACUUCGCCGUCUACCUCCUCAUCGCCAGCUGGUACACCUACAAGAAGACCGCCGGAGAUGAUCACCCAGACGCCAUAGCCAAAGGGGGAGCUCAUGAUUGA